GGCGUGCCCUGGUCGAAGGAGGAGCGUCGGUUCGCCAUCGUCGACUCGCUCGAGCACCUCGCGCUCGCCGUCCUUGGACAACUGGUCGACGCCGUCGCGCCUGAGCCGAGCGAGCAGAUCAGCGGCAGCUCCCAGCAGCAGCUCAAGGCGCACAAGUCGACGAUCCGCAAGGUCGAGGUCGUUCUGGUCCGGCGCGGUGGCGAGAACGAGUCGUCCGCCCUGGUCAACGCCGAGCGCAGCAAGACGCAGUCGAUCAAGUUUCCUCGCCGAUACGGUCAUGGCGGCAACCUGCGCCUCGCCUGCCUCCUCAAGGUCGUCGAGCUCGUCCUCGAGGCGCUCAAGAACGGCAUCGUCUACACGAAGCGCGACAUGUUCUACCGCGACGUCACCCUCUUCGUCAAGCAGGCCAUUGUCGACUCGCUCGUCGACGACCUCGCCGCAUCGCUACGUGUGCGCCGCAGCGACCUCAACGUCGUCGCGACCGCAAAAGGCCUGUUCGCCGGCGCCGUCAAGCUCGUCCUCACCGACGGCAGCGAGCUCUCUUCUGCAGACCGGGGCACGCUGGUCCCGCCGGGCACGCUCGUCGACCGCCUCGAGCUUGAGAAGGUCAAGUGGGUGCUCGUCGUCGAAAAAGACGCUGUCUUUCAGUCGCUCGUCUCAUCAAGCUUGUUGGACGACGACGAGCUCGGCGCCGGUGUCCUUCUCACCGGCAAGGGCUAUCCGGACUUGGCGACGCGCGAGCUCCUCAAGCGCCUCUCGGACGACCUGCCCUUCACGCCCAUCUUCGCCCUCGUCGACUCGGACCCGCACGGCCUGUCGAUCCUGUCGGUCUACGCGCACGGCUCGUCCCUCCAGUCGCACGAUGCGCACAACCUCGUCGUACCGCGCUUGCAGUGGCUCGGCAUCAAGGGCACCGAGUGGGCCGCGCUCGGCGUCGACCGCGACGACCUCCUGCCGCUCACCAAGGCCGACAGGGUCAAAGCGCUCUCGAUGCUCAAGAAGGACGACCUCCCCGACGCUUGGAGGCGCGAGCUCGAGUUCAUGCUUCACUUGCAGCGCAAGGCCGAGAUCCAGAUCCUCUCGUUGACACGUCCCUCGACCGCCGGCAACGAGAUCUCGCAGCAAGAGCCGGCGUCUUUGCCCUCGUCGCCGCCGUCGUCUCGUCUCGUCGACUACGUCAAGAGGGCGCUUUGGCUCGCGCUCGACGACUCGGAGGAGGACGAGGAGGAGGCUCUCUCAGUCGAGCCGGACGGCGCUUGAGUCGCAGAGGGCGACGGUGGCGAGAAGGUGUUGCAUUGCGAAUGAGAUUCUGAACGUC